AUGGUCAAACGCAAGAGGUCGCGCGAGGACGACAUCGACGCGAAGCUUACCGACUACAGAAAAGAGAUAUUCCGGGCUCUCAAAGGUGCAAAGGGACUGGAGCGUCAACGGUAUAGCAAACGCUUGCGCGAUGACAAGGCGACACCCGACAAGGUCAAGCGGCUGGAGGGGGAGAUCUUGGUGUUAAAGUCCCUCGAUCUCCAGCAAACCGCCGACGCCCACCUCCAUUCCUCGCUUCUCAAGGUCAAGCAAAUCGCCGAAAGCCCUGCCCUCCCCGAAGCGAUCAAGCAGGGCGUUACCAAGCCGGAACUUUCAGAGGAGGAGAAGGUAGCGCUGCACAAUGUCACCAGUGGCCUCUUCAACCGCGUGCACGUCCGGGAUGCCAUCGAAAAGGCGGUACGGGGCGUGUGCCUCAUACUCAACGUACCUAUACCAGAAAAGAAGAAGAAGAAGAAGAAGGGGACGAAUGAUGCUGCCGCUGAAGGCAAGAAGCUGGAAAAGGAGGAUGAACCGAGGGAAUCGAAGAAGGCAAAGUUAGUGGGCGCAAAGGAUGUUUCUGCUAAGCCCAUGGCCGAGUCCAAACCUAAGGAGAAGGAGGAGGAACCGAACCCGUUCGACGAGAUGGACGAUGAGAUCCCAACUGACAGCGAUGCAUCGGAAGGCGGAAAGAACGAAGCCGCCGGGGAGGUUGAAAUCGACGAGGAAGAAGAGGAAAGAGCUCUGUCCAAGAUGGAGGCCAUGCUGGGCGGCUCCGACUCGGAAGAAGAAAGUCCUGACGAGGAUCUCAAGGCUAAAUACAAAGCCCUGCUAGUUGACGUCGCCGAUGGAGACACCGCAGACGAUGAGAGCAACAGCGAUGAAGAAGACGAGGACGAGAACGAGAACGAAGAGAUGGCGGACCCGGACGACUCGGACAGCGGCAACGACUCAGACCGUCAACGCCGCAUAAACGCCGCCAACGUCUCCCUCUCCCCAGAACCGGAACUGGCGUCCAGCAGCAAAGAGAAGAAGGUCAAGCGUGCCAAGAAGCCUGCGGGCCGGCCCGGUGAGACGACUUUCCUGCCCUCGCUGAUGGGUGGAUACAUUUCAAACUCCGAGUCCGAAGCCUCGGACCUCGAUCUCGCGCCGCCGAAGAAGCGGUUGGGACAGAAGCAGCGCCAGGCCAUCUGGGAGAAGAAGUAUGGCGCGUCGGCGAACCACGUCAAGAAUCAGGCAAACGGGCCGAGAGCCGGUGCGAGGGACAAUGGGUGGGAUAUGAAGAGGGGUGCCGUGGGCGCUGACGAGGAUGGCGGGAGGAAGCCCUGGAAGAAGGGUAUUUCGAACCCGUUGAACGGCGGCAGAAACAGAGAUCGCGGCAGAGGGGAGGAGAAACCGAGAGCGCCGCCGAAGAAGGAUGACGAGGGUGUUCUGCAUCCUAGUUGGGAGGCGAGGAAGAAGGCCAAGGAAGCGCAGAUCACCGCUGCGUUCACGGGCACCAAGAUCACUUUCUAA